AUGAUGUUAACAUGUACUGCAUUGUAUUUAAUACGUAAUCAAUUGAUAAAUGUUCUCAGAUUAAAUCAAGAGACUAAUGCGAAUAAUGAUCAUGUUGUAUCGAAAAUCUUAUCGAAGACAAUUCAUAGAAUAGUGGAACAAAUUCCGAUAGCUAUUCGAGAUUUUUCGUCUCAGUAUGGAUCAAAUCGAAGUGAUAGUUAUGUUGUGACAAAUAUUUGUUCGCACGCAGAGAUCUAUCCAUUAUAUGGCGAUUCGUCGCAUGCACUGGCAUUUCGUACCUAUGGACCAUGGUGGAUAACAAUGCCGUCAUAUAAAGAAACAAUAAAAAGUUUUUCUCGCUGGGAAUAUAAUUUUACUAGUCGGGAUUUCAUCGAAAUUGAAUAUCAUGAUCUUGUCUAUGAAUGUCUACAUUUAUGUAUCUAUGAAACAUAUAAUCCAGGAACACUCGAUGUCGUCUACGUUGGACAAGAGGAAGACGAUGGAAAUCUAACAUGGCAUAGAGUAUGGACAUUUCCAGAACCAUUUAGCAUAAUUUUGUAUGGCGAUGAGGAAAUGCUCAUUGAAGAUGGUCGACAAAUAUUUGAUGAUUUAUUUCCGAAUCAUGUUCCACCGAAUAACUCGACUAAUGUGAAACAUAUAUCUGGUGUUUAUACGCAUCAUACAUGUCCACCUGCUUCUCGCAUACCACGAAUAGUAAAGAUUUCGUUGAAAAACAAAUUUUCGUUUCCAACACGAUUUAUUCGUUUACAAUUCGAUCAUAGUACUGUGAAUUACUAUUCAGAAAUCGAUACUGUUAUUCUUUACGGAAGAACGUCUCCUUCUGAUUCGAGCAGUCUCAGCAACAUCGAAUCAACGUCGUUGUCUUCAUUAAUUCCUCUCGAUGAACACACGAACGAAAUGAACACUUCUAGUGAUUUACUAAAGCUUCCAUUUGAUGUUCUUUUCAUCAUCUGUUAUUACCUGGAUAUGCGUUCAUUGAUUUAUCUCUCAUCAACAUGCCGUGUUCUGCGUACUCGGUGCCUCCAUCCUCUACAAUUUCAAUCAGUUAAUCUACAACCUUACUGGAAUGGAAUAACAAAUUAUUCCAUAGAAAACUUCUUCCGGCAAUACUGCUCUCAAACUCGACAUCUCUCAUUAGCAUGGACUAAAUCAAUACAAUGUUCAUCAUUCAAUCAAUUGUUAAAUAUUUGCUCGGCUAAUCUAGUUCAACUUAAUCUUGCCUGUUGUCAGUACUUGACUGGACAAUAUAUAAAAAUCAUCGUCAAUUAUUGUACACAUAUUGAAAUUCUCAACUUAGAGAAUUGUAUUUCAUUAAAUCACUUAGAUUUCAUUCCACUGAAAUAUCUUCAACAUCUCCGGAUAUUAAAUGUUUAUCGAACAAAUAUUGAUUAUCGAACUCUAUUACCCUUGAUUGAAAAUAAUAAAAAAUCCUUAGAAAAUAUUAAUCUAGGUAGCUGUCAAAAACUGAGUGAUACUGCCGGCAUCGUCAAAUUAUUAUUUGCGCGCUGUUUGAAUCUUCGCACGAUUGACCUCUGGCGUAUCCAAGGCUUAAGCCAAAAUAGUUUCUGCUCAGUGAUCGGUCUACAAUUUGAUCUCAGCGAAGAGAAACGACGAAUAUUGAAUUUUUCCAAAGAUGAACAAGAAGAAUUGGCACUUCUCUACUCGAGUGUCAAUAUGCCGAAGGAUAUUAGCUCAAUAACGCAUAUGAAAUAUCUGUCGGAAGUUGAUUUGGGUUGGACGGAUCCACCAGCAGGUUUUAUUAAGAGCUUCGUGCAGCAAGUGGGACAGUCGCUGAUCAAACUCUUUCUCACUGCUUGCCGAUGUGUGAAUAACGAAGAUAUUGAUGCUAUUAGUGAACAUUGUGCUCGACUGCGUCAACUUGAUCUACUUGGAUCAAGUAUAAUUACUGAAACAAGUGUUGAAAACGUCUUGAAAUCUUGUAAAGAUUUGGAAUUUCUUGAUUUAUCCUUUUGUGAUAAAAUCUCUAAUGACAUGGUUUCAUUAUGGACUUGUCAAUACAAAAUUUGUUUUAAACGAAGUUAUUCGCCAACAGUAAGUGACGAUCCUUAUACAGAAUUUCCAUGA